AUGCGUCCGCACGAGUGCGAGUGCGGCUGCUUCCUUGCCGUGGUGUUGGUGAUCGUGCUGAGCGUCCUUGUGGCGGAUGCCAUGACCGAGCCCGACCAGAUCCUUCUGCAAACAACAGCGAUGCAACAGCGACGCACACUUCGCUUCUGCACUCCGUCGUCGUAUGUUCAGCACCCGUUCACAUUGGCCGCCAAGAAGAAAGCGAGCCUUCUCUGGCUGCGCCUCGACGUGCCCUCCGACGUGUGUUUUGGAUCGCUCACGCUCGUCUCCAAGCUCUGUGGCCCGACGCGGGCCUUCCACCUCGAUAGCGCCAAGGUUCGAGCCGUCGUUGCGCCAACGAAUAGGACGAAAUGCAACAUUGCGGCCACGGCCGGCGCUGGUGUUGCAUUUGGAGUCAACAUGUCCAUCUUUGUCGACCAAAUGUACCUUAGCAACGGGUCGAUGACCGGCCUCUCGAUCCUUCCCACGCCACCAAGCUCGUAG